CGUGGGCUGUUCGAGGCUCUGCCCGAAGGACCUGAGCGGCCGCCCAUGCCGAGCUGAGUCCGCGAAGCCCGCAUAGCUUCCCGUCGCUGUCUGCUGCCGCCUGUGCGGCCUGCCGCCCGCCGGGAUGCUGGAGGAAGCGGGCGAAGUGCUGGAGAACGUGCUGAAGGCGUCGUGCCUGCCGCUCGGCUUCAUCGUCUUCCUGCCCGCCGUGCUGCUGCUCGUGGCGCCGCCGCUGCCCGUCGCCGACGCCGCGCACGAGUUCACCGUGUACCGCAUGCAGCAGUAUGACCUGCAGGGCCAGCCAUAUGGCACACGGAAUGCAGUGCUCAAUACAGAGGCGCGCACAGUGGAUGCGGAUGUGCUGAGCCGCCGCUGUGUGCUUAUGCGGCUCUUGGAUUUUUCCUAUGAGCACUACCAGAAGGCCUUGCGACAGUCAGCAGGAGCUGUGGUCAUCAUUCUGCCCCGAGCCAUGGCCGCCGUGCCCCAGGACGUUGUCCGGCAAUUUAUGGAGAUCGAGCCUGAGAUGCUGGCUAUGGAGACCGUGGUCCCUGUGUACUUUGCCGUGGAGGAUGAAGCCCUACUGUCCAUCUAUGAGCAGACCCAGGCUGCCUCUGCCUCCCAGGGCUCUGCCUCUGCUGCUGAAGUGCUACUGCACACAGCCACAGCCAAUGGUUUCCAGAUGGUAACCAGCGGAGCCCAGAGCCAGGCAGUGAGUGACUGGUUGAUCACCAGCGUGGAGGGACGGCUGACAGGGCUGGGAGGUGAAGAUCUCCCCACCAUUGUCAUUGUUGCUCACUACGAUGCCUUUGGGGUGGCCCCGUGGCUGUCGCUGGGCGCUGACUCGAAUGGUAGUGGCAUCUCAGUGCUGUUGGAGCUGGCUCGCCUCUUCUCGCGACUCUACACGUACAAGCGUACACACGCAGCGUACAACCUACUGUUCUUUGCAUCCGGAGGGGGCAAGUUCAACUACCAGGGCACCAAGCGCUGGCUGGAGGACAGCCUGGACCACACAGACUCAAGCUUGCUGCAGGAUAACGUGGCCUUUGUGCUGUGCCUGGACACUGUGGGCCGAGGCAGCCACCUGCGCCUCCACGUGUCCAAGCCUCCUCGGGAGGGGACGCUGCAGCACGCCUUCCUGCGUGAGCUGGAGAUGGUGGCUGCGCACCAGUUCCCUGAUGUCAGCUUCUCCAUGGUGCACAAGAAGAUCAACCUGGCGGAUGAUGUGCUGGCCUGGGAGCAUGAGCGCUUUGCCAUCCGCAGGCUGCCCGCCUUCACGCUGUCACACCUGGAGAGCCACCGCGCAGGACCCCGAAGCAGCAUCAUGGAUGUGCGGUCCCGGGUGGACUCUAAGACUCUGACACGGAACACGCGGAUCAUCGCUGAGGCCCUAACUCGGGUCAUCUAUAACCUGACGGAGAAGGGGACGCCCCCGGACAUGCCAGUGUUCACGGAGCAGAUGCAGGUCCAGCAGGAGCAGCUAGACUCAGUCAUGGACUGGCUCACCAACCAGCCUCGGGCCGCCCAGCUGCUGGACAAGGAUGGGACGUUCCUGAGUACACUGGAGCACUUUCUGAGCCGCUACCUGAAGGACGUGCGACAGCACCAUGCAAAAGCUGACAAGCGGGACCCUGAGUUUGUCUUCUAUGACCAGCUAAAGCAGGUGAUGAGUGCAUACAGGGUCAAGCCAGCCAUCUUUGACCUUCUGCUAGCCGUGUGCAUUGGGGCAUACCUCGGCUUGGCGUACACGGCCGUCCAGCACUUCCAUGUGCUGUACAAGACUGUGCAGAAGCUGCUGCUCAAGGCCAAGGCACAGUGACAACGGCUGUGCACAGGUGGCCCAGGAGGGACCGGCGCACACACCCAUGCCGACAGACUGAAGCAGAGGGUUUUGAUCAGUCAGUAGGACACAGGGACGCUGCCUCUUCCUGUCCGGUUUCUUGAACUUCCCUGGAGGAGAGCCCUGCCCACCUGCAGAUGAAUCCACUGGAACAGAACGGUUACCCGGGCCACAUGCACUGAAGGGCCACAUGCCAUGCUGGCCUCCCCAGUGGCCGGGUCCCUGCAGCCUGUGCCCCCAUGGCACCCAACUAUGACUCCCUGUUGUUCCCAGCCCUCUUCCCCCUCUGCCUAUUGGACCCACUUGGUCCCCAAGCUGACCUGAGCCACCCAGUAUUCCAGCCUCACCAUCUCCUCCCCUCCACCCAAGUCCAGGUGCUGGUGACAGGGCAGGGGGUGGCCUGAGUGGCAGCCUGUAGCCCUGAGGUUUUCCCUCCUUCCUUCCUCCCCUUCCCCCUUAGUUUCCUUGCCUGUGAUGCAUUUUGGGGAGGCAGCUGCUCUGUCACAGUGGGAUGAAGCAGUCAGUCCCAGGAGGGGCAAGAGGGGAGGGACAUCAGCAUUGUCAGCCCACCUCAGGGACCCCACGGUGAAUCUAUUCGAUUCGAUAGCAAUAUGACCCAGGAGGUGUCAGGCCAGGAGGGCAGCUGGGGCCGGCCUCUGGCUCCCUCCAGCACCUGUUGAGGCCUGGCUCACCCUGACUCGCUGUGCUGCCUCUGCCUUGCAGCAGCAGUGGCUGUCACCCUUGCUGGCACUUGCAUCAUGGGGUGAGAGGGGCCAGCCUGCCGCCCUGGCCUUGGGCACUCUCACGCUCACGAACUGCUGGGGUUCAGCCCCCUCGACUCUGGUCCCGGCAGCUGGCUACAGGUCUGAAGACUGCCACCCCAUCACUGGGAAAGAUGCACAGUGCACGUGCUUCCCCUCCCCCAUCCACACAGGCCUGGGAUGGUGGCUGGGGUCUACA